CCUAGAUCAGUAAAUAAAAUCGAUGUAAUAUAAUUUAUAAGUAACACUGUUGAAACUCUGAUUCCUACCAAUAGAGGCUGUAACCUCCCCUUCCCCACCCCCAUCCCCACCCCGUAAUAGCAUUUUGUGUGUAUUAAUGCUGAAGAAUUAAAUGUUUAAAGGGGUUCAGUUUUAAAGGCGUUUGGUAUAUAUAAUUGUUCUGCAAUAUUAUAAAGCAUUUUCAGGAAGUUAAAUGCUAUCUUGGUGUUUUCCUCCGGCUCUGUGUGUACACUGGAGAUGUGUAGGUUCAUUCCAUCUAAAAUAAACUGGGUCCAGCUGGUCGACCCCCUUCCUGGAGGGCUGCCAUGUUCUCCGUUGUCCGAACAGACCCAGCGUUCCUCCUCGUCUCUCAGGGUUGACAUUGGCUUUAACCCUGCUGCCUUAGCACAAGGUCAAAGGGGGGAUACUGAGCUGCCAGACCCAACCGGCUGGCUCUAUGCCGGCCCCCCGGUGACUUCUGUCCCUGUGGGUCCCAGCCCUCUGUCUCCCCUCCCCUCCCUCACCCUCUGGGGCUUCUGGCUAUCGUUCCUUCCUCUUCUCAUUCAUUCAUUCAACAAUUAUUGAGCACCUACUACAUACCGGACACUGUUCUAGGUACUGGGGACGCAUCAGUGAAUAAAACAGAUUCCUGCCCUAUAGAGCGUACCUUCUAGCAGGGAGAGAUGGACAAAAACAAUAGCUGUAAGAACUCGAUUGUAUCGUGUGGGUGUAGGAGGUGUUGAGAAAGAAGAACAGGGCAGGAUGGGGAAGUUGGUAGUUCCAGAGUCUAGGGUAAAGGUGAGUAUGUUGUGCUACUAAAUAUCAGGGUGGCCUCGUCGAGAAGGCGACAUUGGACGUGACCGGACCCAGCUGACCCAGGCUGGGCCGUGGGCUCUGGCCUUGCCCCCCGCGUAACCACUCUCCUGAGCCGUGCCCUGAUCCCACCCUGCCCGGUGAAAGGGGAGCCUGGAAGGCAGCUGGAUACAUCUUUGGAUCCAGGCCACGUGAAGGUCUGUCCCCAGGCUGCUGGGACGUCACUGGUUUGAAUUUUCCCAGGGAGGUCCCUCAACAACUCAGAGGAGGAUCAUUUCUGGUGGGGAUUUCCUGACGGUGACUUGUGGCAGGUUUGGGUGAGAAGACACGUAGAGGACAAACCCUAUGCGCUAAUUUUCCUUAACCUUCUAGAUGCUGGGAAUGUGGCUUUGUCAGGAGCCUUCAUUGGGAGGUAUCUCUGGGGAGGGGUCUUUAUGAGAAGCCCUGGGGCUGAGCCCAGCAGGGAGCUGGAGCCAGAAUAUUCUGGGCAGCAGGGAUCACCAGGGUAAAAGCCCUGAGCCCGGAGCCUGCUUCCUUACCAGAGGAACAUUGGGGGACCAGGGGGGCUGAAGCAGAGGGAGCAAGGAGGAGAGAUGUGGCCAAUGGGGUCAAAGAGAAAAUGGCAGGAAAGGGGCAGAUUCUGCACGGGGUUGACCAUCAAAGGGCUCUGAAGGAAGUGGGCCACCGUUGUGUGAAGAGUGCUUGCUCUGCCUCUUUUUAUGGGGUCACUGUGACUGCAGGGACAGGGGCCAGAGCUGGGGGACCUGCUAGGAGGUGAGUGCAGGAAAGCCGAGGACAGAGCCUGGGGCCUGCACAAGUCUGGGGACAAAGUGGUCAGAUCCUGGGUGCAAUCCUUUGACCUCCUGUCCCAGCUCCGUCUCCCACCCAACUUCGGCACAUCCCCUUCCCGCUCGGGACGGACCUCCAUAUGGGCACCAGCACCAGGCCAUGGAGUGGAAGGUCGUUUUGUCUUUCUGCUUGUAGCAGGGCGAGGUAGAUGGGGGAGAGGGGUAGGAGCUGGGUCCGGCUGACGGCAAGGGUGGAGCUUCUGGCGUGGGGUGCAACAGGGAUGUCUGUGGCUUUCAGGCAAAGAAAGGCCCGGAGCGGGGGACACAAAUGGAGACUCGAGGCCUUCACCCCAACCACGGCAAUCGGUGCCCUCUGGGGCUCAGGGAGAGUUUACGGCCCCAGCUCAGACUUAAAUCCAUUCACGAUCUAUCAUCCCUAACAACUUGUUUGUCUAAGGAGCAUAAACUCUCCCUCUGACAGAAGAUGUUUAUGCAGGUUUUCAAACAAACCUCCAGGUCACGACCCCCCACCCACUCACCCCUACUUUGGGAAGCAUCAACACAGCUGCGUGAGGGCCCCUGGUGUGGUCCAGCCCCGCCUGGGCACAGCAAACCCGAGGAACUUGGAUGGUGCCAGGCAGCUUCUGAGCUGGUUCUGGCUCUUUCCUCCUUGCCCCAGGAGAGACUGAAAAGAUGUGGGCUCUGCUGCCUUCUGGAAACCGGUGUGAACCAGGGCCACCUCUUCCUGCCCACUGCCACCUCAGCUCUCACCUGCAGAAAUAGAGACUCUUACCCCCCUUGGCUCUGGCCACCUUAAGAAAGGAGGCAGCUGUAGGAUUGCAGAAAGAGCUGUGAACUUGGGGCUUGGAGAUCUGGGUUUUCCUCCUGGCUUUGCCACUGAGCGGCUGUGGGACCGAGGGCAGGCACUCGGCGGCCGGAGCCUCCGUACUGUCCCUCUAUCAUCAGCCUCCCUCAUUUGCAGCUUCGUGGGCACGCAGGGGCACUGCUAACAGCCUCUCUGCCCCACUCGGGCUUUGGGGGCAAAGAGCAAAGGCUCUGCCUCCCUGUCCUUCCAUCCUGCAAGGCUGUGUCAGGGCUGCGAGGAAACUCCAGCCAUGCACAAGAUGCCAGUCCACAGCUUGGGUUUAUUCUUUGUCUCCAAGUUUGGCGAUUGCCCUAUUUCUCACUGCUCUUGAGAACAAAUGCCUUGCUACGGGAUAGUGAAAACGUCUACAAGAAGAGAAAGGGCUCCUAUUAAGGAAAGAGAGGCAACAGAAUAGGGUUUAAAAAAUACACAUUUUCUUACAGACUGAUGGAAACAUUUAGUAAAUAUGCACACACACACUUAACAUUAAGAUCCCUUGAGAAAUACCCUCUGGUGGGUGGGAAAGAGGGGUCAGAGUGUCAGGUCUGAACUUCUCAAGCCUUCCUGGGCAACAUCAGGGUGGACCGGGGAAUUUUACCCAGCACUGGGGUCCAACUUUCUCCUGCCACUAGUCUGUUAUGAAAUAGGAUACAAAGCCCAACUUACCUGCCUGAAGAUCGUGGGGUUCUUUCUUCAUCGUUAAUGGCCUAUGGACAAAGAGGGGACAUCUCUCCCAUCUAAGAAGGCACAUCUGGGGUUCUGUGUGCACACACCCCACCCCUUCCAGCACCAGCUAGAAUCCAUGGCUAAGCCAGUGGUGUAUCUGGCCUUUCCAUUGGGUGAUGAGAAUUCAGGUAUGUAAAGUACACAUUGGAUUUCUUCUGGAGCCCUAUACUCAGGGCUCCCCAACUUGGCCCGCUCAGUUUUAGGGAUCCACUUGCUCAGCAAGCGUUUAGUAUUGGUACAAGCUCCAAGCCCCAGCUUGGCUGUGGGCUGAAACUGAGUCGAGCCCCAGACAUAUGGUGUUUGGCCCACAUGGUGUUUUUAAGAAUUUGGGGAGUACGUAUAAAAAUAUGAUUUCUGGAUAGCUUUUGGAUGAUCAAAAAGCCCAGCAAAAUAGGCCACAAUCCCAUAGGGCCCUAGUCAAAUGGAGAUGAAGGAGGGCAGCCCCUUCCCUCCGUGACACAGGCCUCACCACUCCCUAUUGCCUCCCCAGUCCACCUGCUUCACUCACUCGUUCUACCUACAGGUUCCUGUUACAGAUGAACAAUGAUAAAACAUAACAUGCAUUUAGCAUCUACUAUGCACCCUAAUCUGAGUAUCUCACACAUAGUAGCUCACGUCAGAUCCUCAGUAACAAUGAAGCAGGCACUACGAUUAUGCCCAUUCAUUCAAGAAACAUUUCCUGCGGGUCCAAAUCUGCCAGGCAACAUUCCAGCAAUGGAGAUACAGCUGGGGACAAAACACACAAAAUCCCUGCCUUCGCGGAGCUUCCAUUCUGGGAAGGACAGACAACAACAUAAUAAAUACCUAGUAAGUCAGAAGGUCUGAGUGCUAAGGGAAGAUACGAAGCAGGAUAAACAGUUUGGGGGUGCUGGUGGUUGGGGGAGAGGAGGUGCGUGCUUUUGUAAAUUGAGUGGUCAGUGGAGGUCUUGCUGAGAAGGUGACAUUUCAGCAAAAGCAUGAAGGGGGCAAAGGAGAAGAGCAUUUCAGGCACAGAGAGGUUAAGAAACAUGCCUGGGGUGGCACAGCUGAUGGGGGGCAAAGCUGGGAUUUGAACUCAGGCUGACUCCAGAGCCGGGUGUCCAAACAUCCCACCAUGGGGCUCCAUCUGAGAUGUCAUCCCCGCCCUUGAUAAGCUUGGUUAAUGCAGAAUUCCGGCAGGGAACACCACUCUUAGCGAGUAGGGUGAGCAUGGGGGUGCCAGAGGGAUGGAGGAGCUGUGGAGAGGCCUUGGCCUGAGGUUUCUGUUCGGAAGGUUGGGACGUCUGUCCUGUCGUGUCCUCCCAGGCACCCAGAUGGAAUCGGCCGCCUGCUCUCAGCUCUUGCAAUCUCAGAAGGGUUCUGGGAGGCUUCUGCCGUCCUCCCCAAGCUCCUAAGCCCCUCCUCCCUCCGAGGACUGAGAUAACCGGCCACAAAUCCUCCUAAGCCCCCUGCGCCUUUGUCCCCGGUCUCCCGGCCGCACCCCAGCCCCGGCAGCCAGGAGAGCGUGCACCCACCCACCCAGGCACCAGCGGGCGCCCACCUUCCCGCACCCAUGGGGAACAGCAGGAGCGGGGCUCUGUCCAAGGAGCUCCUGGAGGAGCUGCAGCUCAGCACCAAGUUCACGGAGGACGAGCUCUGCGCCUGGUACCAGGCCUUCCUGCAGGAGUGCCCCCGCGGCCGCAUCACGCGCCGGGAGUUCGAGAGCAUCUACGCCAAGGUCUUCCCCGACGCCGACCCCCAGGCCUACGCCCAGCACGUGUUCCGCAGCUUCGACGCCAACAGCGACGGCACCCUGGACUUCAAGGAGUACGUGGUGGCCCUGCACAUGACGGCGGCGGGCAGGCCCGAGCAGAAGCUGGAGUGGGCCUUCGCGCUCUACGACGUCGACGGCAACGGCGCCAUCAGCAAGAACGAGGUGCUGGAGAUCGUCAGGGCUAUUUUCAAAAUGACCAGUCCUGAGGAUGUGAAGCAUCUUCCAGAUGACGAAAACACACCAGAAAAGCGAGCUGAGAAGAUCUGGGGGUUCUUUGGAAAGAAAGAUGAUGAUAAACUUACGGAGGAAGAGUUCAUUGAGGGGACCCUGGCCAAUAAGGAAAUUCUUCGACUGAUCCAGUUUGAGCCCCAAAAAGUGAAGGAAAAGUUAAAGGAAAAGAAAACCUGAUUGCAACUGCUCAGCUCUCCUCGCUGCCCCCGCCACACACUUAACACACACACCAGAGGCACAGCAAACCCACAGCACAGCUCCAAACUGAAGCAUCUUUAGCAAUUCACCUGUUCCCCCCUUCUCACUGGCUUCUGGGUCCCUCAUGUCCUACUCCGCCUGCCCCCUACUCCCUGCCCUGCCAACCCAUGCCCCCCACAUAAUCCCCGGAUUAGAGGAAGCCUAAAUGUCACCCCGCUGUAAGCUUCUUUGUGGAUUGCCGAGUAAGCAAGUUCCAAUAAAUGCA